AUGGGCAGCGAGAAGAAAGCUGUUGAUGCCUCUCAGCCAUUGUCCCUGCCAGCUCACUCCCUUCUCUAUGAAGAUGUGCUCCGCGAGUUGUCCGUAGAUUCGGACGAGGGCCUGACAACCGCGGAAGCCAAGAAGCGAUUGGAGCAGUAUGGUCCCAAUGAGCUGGAAGGGGGGGAGAGCGUUUCGAUGGUGAAGAUCGUUAUCAGACAGAUUGCCAAUGCAAUGAUGCUGGUUCUCAUCAUCGCCAUGGCUGUCAGUUUUGGUAUCAAGUCCUGGAUUGAGGGUGGUGUGAUUGGCGCUGUCAUUGGUUUGAAUAUCGUGGUGGGUGUCUACCAAGACUAUGCUGCCGAGAAAACGAUGGACUCACUUCGGUCAUUGAGUUCUCCGACGGGAACAGUCACACGGGAUGGCAAAACUAAUGUUAUUCCCGCCAAUGAAAUUGUUCCUGGAGACAUGGUUGAGUUGAAAGUUGGAGAUACUGUUCCUGCAGACCUUCGGCUUGUCGACGCUAUGAAUUUCGAAACCGACGAAGCACUUCUGACCGGCGAAUCGUUGCCUGUGCAAAAGGAAAUUGAUGAGAUAUUCGACCCAGACACUGGACCCGGAGAUCGGUUGAACAUCGCAUACAGUUCCUCCACGGUUACUAGAGGCCGCGCUCGGGGAGUAGUGGUUGGAACAGGAAUGAGAACAGAAAUCGGUGCUAUCGCUGCUGCUCUGCGUGCCGGUGAUUCCAAGAAGCGACCCGUUAAGCGCGGUCCUGGGGGAGAAACCAAGAAACGGUGGUAUGUGCAGGCAUGGACCUUGACCUGCACCGAUGCCGUGGGACGUUUCCUGGGAAUCAAUGUCGGCACACCUCUCCAGCGCAAGCUCUCCAAGCUCGCUCUGGCGCUCUUCUUCAUUGCCGUUAUUUUCGCGAUCAUUGUCAUGGGAGCCAAUGACUUCCGUGAUGACACCGAGGUCAUCAUCUACGCUGUUGCAACCGGUCUUGCCAUGAUUCCUGCCUGUUUGGUUGUGGUUCUGACCAUCACCAUGGCAGUUGGCACCAAGCAAAUGGUUCAAAGACAUGUCAUUGUCCGAAAGCUUGAUUCCCUUGAGGCUCUCGGCGCCGUGACUAACAUUUGCUCAGACAAAACGGGUACUCUUACCCAAGGGCGCAUGGUCGCCAAAAGAGCUUGGGUCCCUUCUAUUGGUACCUUCUCGGUGGGAUCUUCCAACGAUCCUUUGAAUCCCGAAGAGGGCGAUGUCAGCCUACUGCCUGACGCCCCGGUAAAGAUUGACGCUGAUGCACGGGGUGAACCCUCUAAUCCUGAAGAUUUGCUCAAUGCCAAUCCUAUCUUGGAACCAUAUCUGAAUGUGGCUGCCAUAGCGAAUCUGGCCCAUGUGCACAAGUCCAGCGAGGGCUGGCAGGCCCGUGGUGAGCCCACCGACAUUGCAAUUCAAGUUUUUGCUUCCCGCUUCAACUGGGGCCGCGAACGCUGGACCAAGGGUGAGAAGCCCAUCUGGCGCCAGAAGGCCGAGUAUCCCUUCGAUUCUACCGUCAAGAAGAUGUCGGUCAUCUUCAAGAACAGCGCCGAAGGCCGUGAGAUGAUCUUCACCAAGGGCGCCGUCGAACGCGUUCUCGAUAGCUGUACUUCCCUCAUCUGGACGGCUGGUUCCAAGCCAGUUCCUUUGACUGAGGAAAUCAAGGAUGAAAUUUUGCAAAACAUGGAAGCCCUCGCGAAGGAAGGUUUGCGAGUUCUGUGUCUCGCCUGCCGUGAAAACACCACUCCUGUCAAGGACGAGGAAGUCCCUCCGCGUGAGGAGGUGGAAAAGGACCUCACUUUCUGCGGACUGGUUGGUCUAUAUGACCCUCCCCGACCUGAGACUGCCGGUGCUAUCGAGGAAUGUUACCGCGCUGGAAUCUCCGUGCAUAUGGUCACUGGCGAUCACCCCGGCACUGCGCGAGCCAUCGCUGCGCAGGUUGGCAUUAUCCCCGCCAACAUGGAUAACAUCCCGAAGGAUGUUGCCGAUGCAAUGGUCAUGACUGCAAGUCAAUUCGAUAAAUUGACCGAUGAAGAAAUCGAUGAUUUGCCUACCCUCCCCGCUGUUAUUGCUCGGUGUGCUCCCAACACCAAAGUCCGAAUGAUCGAUGCCCUACAUCGCCGGGGUCGCUACGCGGCCAUGACCGGUGAUGGUGUUAACGACUCUCCUUCCUUGAAACGGGCAGACGUCGGUAUUGCAAUGGGUCAAUCUGGAUCUGAUGUGGCCAAGGAUGCAUCUGAAUUGGUGCUGACUGAUGAUAACUUCGCAUCCAUCAUCAAUGGUAUUGAAGAGGGUCGGAGGAUCUUCGAUAACAUCCAGAAAUUCGUCUUGCAUCUGCUGGCGGAAAACGUCGGCCUUGCACUUACGCUACUCAUUGGCUUGUGUUUCAAGGAUGAUAACGGACAGUCUGUUUUUCCCAUUGCCCCUGUUGAAAUUCUGUGGAUCAUCAUGAUUACCUCGGGUCUCCCUGACAUGGGACUGGGUAUGGAAAUCGCUGCUCCGGAUAUUAUGAAUCGUCCACCCCAGAGUAAACAAGGUAUUUUCACCUGGGAAGUCAUCGUCGACACUCUUGUCUACGGUGUCUGGAUGGCUGCGCUCUGUCUCGCCUCCUUUUCUCUUGUCCUCUUCGGCUGGGGCGACGGCAACCUCGCCUCCGGCUGCAACAGCCAUUAUAGCAAAGAAUGCGAUGGCGUGUUCCGCGCCCGCGCAACCACCUUCGUCUGCAUGACCUGGUUCGCCCUCUUCCUCGCCUGGGAGAUGAUAGACAUGCGCCGCAGCUUCUUCCGCAUGCAACCUGACUCCAAGCGCUAUUUCACCCAGUGGAUGUUCGACGUCUGGCGCAACAAGUUCCUCUUCAGCGGCAUCAUGGUCGGCUUCGUCACGAUUUUCCCUAUCCUCUAUAUCCCCGUCAUCAACGAUAUCGUUUUCAAGCACGUCGGCAUCUCCUGGGAGUGGGGCGUGGUGUUUGUCGAAGCAGUCUUGUUCUUCCUCGGCGUCGAGGCGUGGAAGUGGUGCAAGCGUAUCUAUUUCCGGCGUCAGGCCCAUCGUCAGAAGGAUGAUGUUGGCGAGAAGAACUUGCGGGAUUUCAGCCGCUAUACCACCAUGAGCCGAUCUGAGACGCAGGCGACGGGUGAUAUGAAGGUUGAGCAAUCCAUGGUCUAG